AUGUCAAUGAGAAACAAAGUUAUUGCAGCUAGCAAUUUGGUGGGUGUUCUCCUUUCAAUCCCUAUCAUCGGUGCCGGAAUCUGGCUCGCGAGCGAAUCGGAAAAUGCUUGUGUUAAGAUACUUCAAUGGCCAGUUAUCAUUUUGGGCAUAGCAAUCUUGGUUGUGGCACUAGCAGGCCUUGUGGGAGCAUUCUGGCGCAUUCCAUGGCUUCUCAUCUUCUACCUUAUUGCCAUGCUUAUUCUUAUAAUACUACUAGCUUGUCUAGUAGUAUUCAUCUAUAAGGUCACCACAAAGGGCUCAGGUCACCCUGUUCCUAGUAGAGCUUAUCUAGAGUAUCAUUUAGAUGACUACUCUGUGUGGCUGCGAAGAAGAGUGCAGAGUUCUUACAAGUGGGAUAGGAUUCGGAAUUGUCUUAGCUCCACAGCUAUGUGUUCAGAAUUGAAUCAGACUUACCAUUCUGCUCAGGAUUUCUUCAAUGCAAGUAUUAGCCCCUUACAGUCUGGAUGCUGCAAGCCACCGACACAAUGCGGUUACACGUACGUAAAUCCGACGUAUUGGAUUAGUCCGAUAAAUACGGCCGCCGACAUAGAUUGCUUGAAAUGGAGCAAUGAUAAGACACAGCUUUGUUAUGCUUGCAACUCAUGCAAGGCUGGUUUACUAGCUAAUCUUAAGAAGGAAUGGAGGAGAGUAGAUAAUGUUAUUCUAGUUAUCACUCUCAUUGCCCUUAUUUGUGUCUACUUGGUGGGUUGUUGUGCUUUAUUCAUUAGAAAUACUAAAACAGAAGAAUUGUUUCGUAGAUACAGGCAAGGUUACACUUAGUCAUGUGGCUCUCAAGUU